AUGAUUGAUUGGAAUUCGGUAUGCAAUGAACUAAACAUACCUUGCUGGAAUGUAGGCAAGAAUGUUAUCCCAGGUGCCACCUGCAUCCAAUGUCCUUGCUGUGAUGACCAUUCUCACCACGGGAAUUUCCUGCCUGAUGGAGGGUACAAAUGUUGGCGUUGCAAAGGCUCUAGCCCUGCUAUUGUAUUGGCAAGGGCAGGCAAGGUAGAUGUCCAGACAGCCCAGAAAAUCAUUGACAAGAAUAAGAGCCGGGACCACAAGGAAUCUGCGAAGGAAGCUAUGGAUAGAGUUACAGCAAUGGCCUCCUCGGUCACCUUGCCUGGCUCCGAUACACCUCUCCAGAUUCACAUUGACUACCUUGCAAAACGAGGCCUUGAUUGGAAAGAGGUCAAGGAAAAGUUCGGCAUUAAAUUCACUGGUAUGGGAUGGAAGUCCAACUAUACUGACCAGGAAGGAAAGACCACUAGCAUUGAUGUUUCUUUCAGGAUUAUAAUUCCUGUUUACAACCACCUUGGAGACAUCAUCGCUUGGCAGGCAAGAGAUGUAACCGGUAGAAGUCCUUUUAGAUACAUUUUCCCUAAAGUAGAAUCUUGUGUCAAGCAUUACAAGGCUGAAUUAUAUGGCUCCAAUCUUUGCCGUAAAAGUAACAAGGUGCUUGUGGUUGAAGGUGUUUUUGACCAGUGGAAACUUGCAUUGGCAGGUAUUCCAGCGGUAUGUACAUUUGGCACCUCUACUACACAGGAACAGGUGGCAUUGAUGGCAGCCUGGGAAGAUAUCAUCAUUGCCUUUGAUAAUGAACCGGAGGCACAGAGGCACGCUGAUGAAAUUGCAAUCCAGCUUGCAAGCCUUGGUAGAAAUGUCUACAUUGCUCCUACUGAUUUCGGAACAAAUCCUGAUGGGACUGCAAGGGACUUUGGUGACUUGACAAAGGCUGAAAUCUAUAAUUAUAAGAAAGAACUUAAUUUGUAA